UCUGUCUCCCGGCCCAGACGUAUGCUCUCUCUCUUCUCGUUUUCUUCUUCUUCUUAUUCUCCUUCUCUUUACGCGAUCUCCUCGGAAGCUCUCAAUUUAGAAGAAAAUCUUGGAAAUCUUUCGAUUGAUAAGCUUCCGUUUCAGAUUUCUUGGCUUCCUGGUUCCAAUCUUCGAUUUCACAGAACCAUUGGAAGUGGUUCGGCUCGCCGGAUUUUUACUGAUUACUCUAGCGAUUCUGUUCAGCUUCACUUUCCAGUACUUCUAAGGUUCAUUAUUUAAGUAAGCUUCAAGGCUUGUUCGAAUUCGACAAGACAGUCUAGAACCAGUACUUUUGAUAUCAUUUAGGCAAGUUGUAAAUAUAAUUUUUGAGCUAAAAGAUAUAUCGUUGGAUGCUUUCUGUCUCUAUAUAUUGAAGCUGUGUGAUUAUGGAGUCAUGUUGUCCUAUGAGCUUUCAUAUUGCAUAAUGGUUUUACUUUAAGAGAACUUGCUCGUUGACGGUGUCGAUCUGAAAAUUAAAAGUCAUGCCUCCAUGGUGGGGAAAAUCAUCAUCCAGAGAAGUGAAGAAGAAAGGAAGCAAGGAGGGUUUUAUUGACACAUUACAUCGAAAAUUUAGAAUUCCCUCAGAAUGUAAACUAAACAAUAUAUCAGGAGGGUUUCGGAGACGUUGUAGUGACAUAGUAUCUGAGAAAGGUUCUCAGUCCCGAGCAGAGUCCAGAUCAUCUUCCCCAUCCAAAAAAGUUUCAAGGUGCCAGAGUUUUGCUGAAAGGACCCAUGCUCAACCACUACCGCUUCCUAGUCUGCACCCUGCAAGUGUAGGUCGCACAAACUCUGGAAUUGAUAUUUCAACGACACCGCGAUCAGAGAAAGGCUCCAAGUCAUCGUUGUUUCUGCCUCUCCCAAAACCAGCAUGCAUUCGUAACAGGCCAAAUGCUACAGACUUAGAUGGAGUUUUGGUCACUGCUUCAAUUUCCAGUGAGUGCUCCAUCGACAGUGAUGACCCUGCUGACUCUAAUCUGCGAAGUCCUCAGGCAGCUGACUAUGAAAAUGGGAAUAGAACGGCUGCAAGCUGCCCUUCUAGUGUGAUGCUCAAGGAUCAGACCUCUAGCAUCUCGCAACCGGGCUCAAGGGAGGUGAAAAAACCUGCUAACCUUUUGUUUGGUAAUCGUACCUCUCCUACAUCACCGAAACGGAGACCUUUAGGCAAUCAUGUAACAAACCUACAGGUGCCAUAUCAUGGUGCCUUCUGCAGUGCUCCUGACAGCUCAUUGUCGAGUCCCUCAAGAAGUCCAAUGAGAGGAUAUGGUGCCGAGCAAGUCAUUAACUCUGCUUUCUGGGCAGGGAAGCCUUAUCCAGAUAUCACUUUCCUUGGAUCUGGCCACUGUUCCAGUCCAGGUUCUGGUCACAAUUCUGGGCAUAAUUCGAUGGGAGGAGAUAUGUCUGGACAGUUAUUUUGGCAGCAGAGCAGGGGUAGCCCUGAAUAUUCUCCAAUACCUAGUCCCAGAAUGACUAGCACCGGCCCCAGCUCCAGAAUUCAUAGUGGUGCUGUCACACCUGUACAUCCUAGAGCAGCAGGGACAUCCAUUGAAUCCCAGACAAGUUGGCCUGAUGAUGGGAAAUUACAGAGCCACAGGUUGCCCCUUCCACCUGUAACAGUUUCCAAUUCAUAUCCUUUUUCUCAUCCAAAUUCAGCAGCAGCAUCUCCCUCUGUGCCACGAAGCCCAGGAAGGGCAGAGAACCCUACAAGCCCUGGCUCGCGCUGGAAGAAGGGAAAGCUGCUUGGGAGAGGCACGUUUGGACAUGUGUAUGUUGGCUUCAACAGUGACAGCGGUGAAAUGUGUGCAAUGAAGGAGGUGACGUUAUUCUCUGAUGAUGCAAAGUCAAAGGAGAGUGCGAAGCAGCUGAUGCAGGAAAUUGCUUUAUUAAGCCGCUUACGGCAUCCAAAUAUUGUGCAGUAUUAUGGCUCCGAAACAGUUGGUGAUAGACUUUACAUAUACCUUGAGUAUGUAUCUGGAGGGUCCAUUUAUAAGCUUCUCCAGGAGUAUGGGCAACUGGGUGAGCUAGCAGUUCGAAGUUAUACUCAACAAAUCUUGUCUGGACUUGCAUAUUUACAUUCUAAGCAAACUGUCCACAGAGAUAUCAAAGGAGCAAACAUUCUUGUGGACCCAAAUGGUCGUAUUAAGUUGGCAGAUUUUGGAAUGGCAAAGCAUAUCACUGGGCAAUCAUGCCCAUUAUCAUUCAAAGGAAGCCCAUACUGGAUGGCACCUGAGGUUAUCAAGAAUUCAAAUGGUAGCAACCUUGCGGUUGAUAUAUGGAGUCUUGGAUGCACCGUUUUGGAAAUGGCUACAACAAAACCACCUUGGAGUCAGUAUGAAGGGAUUGCUGCCAUGUUUAAGAUUGGAAACAGUAAAGAACUCCCUGCAAUUCCUGAUCACCUCUCAGAUGAGGGAAAGGAUUUUGUGAGACAAUGCUUGCAACGAAAUCCACUUCAUCGUCCUACAGCUUCCCAGCUAUUGGAACACCCCUUUGUGAAAUAUGCUGCAAGUCUGGAAAGGCCUACUUUGGGUUCUGAGCCUGCAGAUGUAUCCUCUGGGGUUACAAGUGGAGUGAAAUCUCUGAGCAUCGGCCAAGUGAGAAACAUUCCAGAUUCCGAGAGACUAGCGAUUCAUUCGUCCAGAGUUUCAAAAACUGGUCCCUAUGUCAGUGAUAUCCAUAUUCCAAGGAAUGUAUCUUGUCCUGUCUCACCUAUUGGGAGUCCCCUUUUGCAUGCAAGGUCACCCCAGCAUCUGAAUGGUAGAAUGUCUCCUUCGCCAAUAUCAAGCCCGAGGACCACUUCGGGCUCAUCAACUCCUCUCACAGGUGGAAAUGGGGCUAUACCUUUCAAUCACCUUAAGCAGUCAUGUUAUCUACAAGAUGGUAUUGGGAGCAUGCCAAAGCCUUCGAAUGGUCUCUAUGGUAACGGUCCUUAUCAUGAGUCAAACCCCGAAUUUUUCAGAGGGAUGCAGCCUGGGUCUCCUAUCUUCUCAGACUUCAUACCUUGUGAAAAUGAUGUUUUAGGAAAGCUGAUUGGAAGGCCUAUUCAUGGGGAACCUUAUGAUGGACAGUGUGUGUUGGCUGAUCGUGUCUCCAGGCAACUCCUGAGGGAUCAUGUGAAGAUGAACCCAUCCCUGGAUUUAAGUCCCAAGUCUCCUUUGCCUAGCCGGACUGGCGGCAUCUAGCUUUCCAUUUUUCUCAUCCGAUCAAAGAGAGCAAGGUCUCAAGUUAAUCUGGUAGACUUUAUUGACCAUGCUACCUGCCAAGGAAGCUAAUUUAUACAAUAACGAUGCUGGGUGGAAAAUUGAUGGAAUAAUCUUACACAGGGGAGAAACGAAGUCGCCAGAGGCACCUGGGCUAUCUGCCAUGGAUUUUUGUUCAGGCUUUUGGCAGUGACAUCCUAAAAUUAUUGGCAUUUUUAGAUAUUUGACAAAAUUGGUCUAGCCAUGAACCUUUCCCUAGCUUAAUAUGGAGGAAGCUUGCUAUUGCAGAUAAGAACUGUGCCAGUAACGGCACUCUCUUAUACCGGUAUGGCGUUAACUUGUACAGAUUUGAGUGCAUAAAUCUUCUAAUGUUGACUAAACUGAGGGACAGUACAUCUCAUCUUUACCUGGGGGAUGGUGGCUUCUGAUUAUCCGAUAUAUGGAUAGGAAUCGCGGGAAUAAGAACUGUAUAUUACAUAGAUCAUCGUACAGAAGAUAAGAAAGAUGAAGGUGCUACAAUUACUAGCUUUUGGACUAUCUUUUUUCCUGGGUCUGAAACAGCUGUACAGAAGAUAGAAGACUGGAUCAGGUUGAAUUGUUUAUGGAACAAUUGCAUGCUCACUUUGCCUCUGCAUAUUUUUUUUUUCUUGCAAUUGUUUAUGCUGCUCUGGGAUUAUUAUUGUCAUAGUAUAGCUUGACUUGAUUCGUUGUAUGUACAUCGCUGCUUCGAUAUACUGAAGAUAUCUUUUCUGAUUAUGAAGGAAAGAGCACCUGUAGAUACUAAGAUUUUUAAGUUUGAAUGCGGCUGAAGAACAGUACUGGUGC